AUGUACGGAGUAAGGAAGUUUGGUCACUGGUUGUUGGUGGUGGUGGUCGCGCUGCUAGGUACUCGUUGUGGUGGGUGGUGGGUAGUGCGCGAUGUGAAGGUCCUAUUCUGUUUUCCCUUCCCUUUCUUCCUUUUCGAGGGUGGGUCAGAUAUUCGGAAAGUGAAGGCAAAGGCGCAGGCGCAGGUUGACGGGCCGACGAGAAGUCUUGGCCUGGCGGCUGGGACACCCGGUUUGCUGGCCUGUAUGUACUGUACGGAGUACGGAGUACUGCGUAAGGUACUCCGUGGUGUAGGAGGAUUGGAGUGUUUGGAGCGUUUGCUGCCCAGUCCAGUAUCCAGGAUGGUGGAGAGUGUUUGGGAGAGAAAGACGCGGGUCAGGGUUGACCGAUUGUGUCGGGGUUUGCAGGGGGCCGUUCGAGAUCAAUUGUGGCCGCCGCCGCCGCACGUUGGCAAAGGCCCAAAGAGAAUUAAGAAAAGAGGCGAACGGAGUGACGGGACAAGUGGGCGGGAAAGGCGCGGGAUGGGGAGGCAGGAUUUGGGAUGGAAGGAAGAGGGAAAAAAAAAAAAGAUUUCGGUGGAAUGGGCCAAGCUCAAGGUGUGGAAAGGUCAGCGGGAAGGAAGCUAA